CAAUCAGUCAGAUCUCGUCGCGACGUCUUUAAAAAAACGGUCAGUUACGAGCGGGCUUUUCAAGUGAGCGGAUCGAACUAUCCAUCGUCCGCGACAAAAAAACGUUCGAUAUGAUCUAUUCGCGAAUCAAAUUCCUUUUUCCACUUCUGUGCUGUGUGAUACUGGCACUUGUCUGUGUUCCGGGUAGUGUGGAAUGUGCAAAGAAAGCGGCUACCCCAGUCGCACCACCACCACCAGUUGUCCAUGAACCAGUUAUUGAAGAAGUUACACAAAAGCAACUAGAACGAAUCUUACAGGAAAAGGAUUACGUAGCCGUUUAUUGGUAUGCUAGAAGCUGUGUAACAUGUGAUAAAGUAUUAGACGAACUCGAAAAAAUAGACGACGAUACCGAUUCGUUUGGUGUUGAUUUUGUCAAAAUAAACGAUAAACGACUUGCGAAACAGUAUGGUAUCAAAAACUUCCCGGCCCUCACAUAUUUUAGGGAAAGAGAACCAAUCAUUUACGAUGGCGAUCUCAUGGAUGAAGAAGGUGUACUGGAUUUCCUCACUUCAUUGGAAGCAAUGGAUUUGCCCGAUCGUAUCGAAGAAGUGAAUGCGAAAAUUUUGUCGAAGAUAAUCGAGGAUACGGAAUACGUUGCCGUCCUAUUCUGUCCCGAUCAUAGCGCUUGUGAAACGCACGGAAAAACAAUAACAACGGACAAUAAACCAGAAUGCAAAAGAAGUCAAAAGGCGUUACAAGAACUGGAAAAUAUUGACGAUGAGGCGGACCAAUUGGGUAUUGGCUUCGUUAAAAUUCACGAUGAAUCACUGUCGGACGAGUACAAUCUGGGUACAUUACCUGCGUUGGUGUACUAUCGCCAUCAAAUACCAAUUUUAUAUGAAGGUGAAUUGUCGAGAGAAGAGGAUGUGUUGGAGUGGUUGGUCGAGAAUAAAUCAACGGGUGACGAUGAAGCUAUCAUUGAGGAUGUUACUGCAAAGACCUUGGGUACACUCAUUGGAAAUAUCGACAAUUUGGUGGUGGUGUUUUAUGAUCAUGGCAUUGACGAUUCGAUGACUGUUCUUGAAGAGCUUGAAAAAAUCGAUGACGACUGUGAUAAACACGGCAUUCAAUUUGUUAAAAUCGAUGAUGAACGUGCCGCCGCUGAGUACGGCAUCGAUAGUGUUCCGGCCAUUGUUUAUUUCGAAAAGCAAAUUCCAAAUGUUUACGACGGCGAUUUGUUGGACGAAGACGAAAUAUUGCACUGGUUGUUGGAGCAAUUGGAAAAGGAUGAGAUUGAAGAUGUCACCGACGAAAUGUUGGAUAAAAUGAUCAAGGAAGGACGAACCAUUGCUGUUCUAUUUUACGAUAAUAACGACGACAAAUCACAAAAAGUCCUGGCUGAAUUGGAAAACAUUGACGAUGAAUGUGAUGCAUUGGGAGUAACUUUCGUCAAAAUCGACAAUGCUGACGAAGCCCGAGAGUAUGGCAUCGAUACUGUGCCAAAGUUGCUGUACUUCGAAAAGGGUAUACCAACGCUGUAUGAGGGCAAUUUGAAGGACGAAGAAUCAUUAUUGAAAUGGUUGGAGCAGCAGCAAACUUCUGACGAAAUUGAAGACAUCACCGAUGAAAUGCUGGAUCUAAUCAUCGAGAAAAUGCCAUAUGUUGCUGUUCUAUUCUACGACAAAGAUCAAAAACUGUCCCAGAAGGUACUAGUGGAACUGGAGAACAUCGACGACGAUUGUGAUCAGAAUGACAUUGCGUUUGUGAAAAUUGAUGAUGAUAACGAAGCAGCCGAAUGGGGCAUUGAUGAAAUACCCACAAUUGUGUUCUUUGAACGAGGCAUUCCACAUAUUUAUGAGGGCGAUUUAAUGAAAGAGGAUGAUCUGCUCGGAUGGUUGAUUCAUCAGAAACGUCACUCGGAAAUCCCGGAAGUAACUGACGAAAUGAAGGAUAAAUUAAUUGAAUCUGAACAAUACUUGGCUGUCAUUUUCUACGACAAAGACGAUAAACAAGAUAUUAGAGUUUUGAAUGAAUUAGAAAACAUCGACGAUGAGUUGGAAAAGGAAGGAAUUGUCAUCGUUCGCAUUGACAAUGCUGCUGAAGCUAAGGAAUAUGGUUUGGAUCAUCUGCCCGCCUUGAUCUAUUUCGAAGAUAAAAUACCAGCCCUAUACGAGGGAGAUUUGAUGAAUGAAGAGGAGGUGCUGGAAUGGUUAAUUUUGCAGAAGAAUACCGCAACAAUUGAAGAAGUUACCGACGAAAUUCUGAAGGAAUUAAUUGAUGAUCAUGAAUAUGUUGUGGUCUACUUCACCGGACCGUGCGAAGAGGGAGAGAAAUGCGAUCGGAUCUUGGACGAUCUAGAAAACAUUGACGAUGAACUAGAUGAAGCCGGUAUUAUUUUCGUAACAACGGAAGACACAGGCUUUGCCAAGAAAAUGGGAAUCAAAAACUUCCCCGAAUUGGUGUUCUUUAGAAACCGAGAUCCAUUACAUUUCACUGGAGAUUUGAAUGACGAAGAUGAGGUUUUGGCAUGGUUAACUGAUGAAGAUACAUUGGAAAUUCCCGGUAAAAUUGAGGAGGUCAACACCAAGAUGUUGGAGAAGAUCUUAUCGGAAAACGAUCACGUUGUAGUGUUUUUCUAUCGCGAAGGAGACAAGAAAGCUCAGAAAAUUCUCAACGAACUAGAGAACAUCGACGAUGAAUGUGAAGAGAAGAGCAUCGACUUCGUUAAGACAUCUGAUGAUGGCAUUGACAAGGAGUACGAUUUACAAUCACUACCCGCACUGGCUUUCUAUCGCCACAAAUUCCGUACCAUUUACACUGGUGACUUGAUGAAAGAAGAAGAAAUCUUAGAAUGGGUUUUGGAGUUGCACGAAUCAAAUCCCGAUGUCAUUGAAUCGGUUGAUAGAAAAACACUACAGGUGCUCAUCAAUGAAGUGGAACACUUGGCGGUAUUUUUCUACAACGACAAAUGUGAAUCCUGUCCUGGUAUACUUGAAGAAUUGGAAACAAUUGACGAUGAGACCGAUGAACAUGGCAUACAAUUUGUUAAAUCAAAUGAUGUUAAGCUUGCACAUGAGAUCGGAAUUUUCGCUUUUCCUGCACUCGUUUACUACGAAACUGGUGUUCCGAUUAUGUAUGAUGGUAAUCUCAAGAACGAAAGACGAGUUCUGCAGUGGCUUAUUGAACAAAAGAGUGACAAUGUUAACAACGACUCCCAUGUCAAACGAAGUCGUAAGAAGAACGACAAACCAUCACGAAAAAACGCUCUACUCAGUCCUGAUACAUUGAAGAAUUACGUUAGGAAACUGAAAAAUUGUAUAGGAGACCAUGUAGAUUGUGACGAUGAUGACGAUGACGAUGAUAGUGGUGAAAGCACUUUUAAAAGUAGGGACGAAAAUAAAAAUGCGGGUAAAUCACUUAGUCGUGACGUUCUCAAAAAUUAUGUUCGAAGAAAUGCAAAAACAUUCCGUUCUAAUGCGAAUAAGUAUUUAGACAAUAAAAGAAGAAAGACGAAGAAUGAUGACGAUGAUGACGAUGAUGAUGAUGAUGACGAUGAUGAUGAUGAUGAUGAUGAUGAUGAUGAUGAUGAUGAUGAUGAUGAUGAUGAUGAUGAUGAUGAUGAUGAUGAUGAUGAUGAUGAUGAUGAUGAUGACGAUGAUGAUGACGAUGAUGAUGACGAUGAUGAUGACGAUGAUGAUGAUGAAAAUGAUGACGACGAUGAUGAUAAUGAUGAUGAUGAUGAUGAUGAUGACGACGACGACGAAGAGAACGAACAUGACAAUGAUGACGAAUGUUUCUUUGUUGGAUUGGGUCACCGGGGCCAGUCGUCCAGAAAAGGCAACACAUUUUCACCCAACGAAUAUCGACCAUUCCAGUGCUGUCCAACGAAAUUGGAGCGGGCAACCAAAGUUCCUAAAAUGACUGCUCAAAAAUUGUCACACAAAGCCGACUCGUCCGGAAAGAGUGGCCACUUUCAAUUCAGCUCCACCAAAAGUGAACCGAAAAGCGAACCGUUAGUCAAGCGGCCCGUUGCACCAUUGAAGAAAUCCAGCGAAAUCAAUGAGAAAAAGGACGCCAAGAAAGCUCUAGCUAAAGGCAAAGACAAAGAUGGAAAGCAAGGAAUUGAAACUUUCUUUCGUGCUGUUCAUAAUCAAAUAAAGAAUCUCUUGGGUGGUGAUGAUUAUGAUUAACAAUCGAUUCAACACUUAGAGCUUCUAAUUUAAUUAUUUAUAUUGUUAACUAAAAAAAAAAAACAAAUUCGAUAAAUCAACCGAAACAAGAAGAAAGCUAACAAUGAAAUUGUACAAAAUUUAUAUUUCCUAAGAAAAGAAAAAUUCUUUUUGAAUAAAAAAUCAAUCACAAAAAUGUAAACAAAAAUACACGAUCAACGAACCAUAAUCAUAAUAUUGUUGUUGUUGUUGUAUUUCCUGAUGUCUCAUUGAAAUUAUCAUGCCGAACACCGGUUGAUUAAAUGAGAAUAACUUUAAAGAAUUCGACCAAUUCUACUAACUUGCCUCGUUCAUCAGAAGUUUUUAUUAAAAUAAAAUGUUAAGUUCAGUAAAAAUGAAAAUGUCAAUAUUUCGAAAAGGUGCACCGUCGGUCUUGAAAGAAAAUAGAUUUUGAUACCGGAGAUGCAUCUUAUCGAACUUUUGAAAUUUUCAUUUUUCAGUGGAGUGAAUUCUUCAAUCAACCGGUCGUCCUAGUAAAACAAUAUCUGACUAUUAAAAAAACCAAAUUUCAUAGCAUUUUCUUUUCCAAUAACAUCUGGAUAAGAGAAGGCUGAAUAUAAAAAAUCAUUUAAUCAUUAAAAACUCGUUUAAUUGGUUAUGUCUUCCAACCAAUCUUUCUCUUUCAUCCCAACUUAGAACAGCUAGAGACGAUUGUGGUUCGGUGAAGAAAGAAAGGAAGAAAAUUAAAGAAAGAGAAAAAUAUAAAUGUUGAUUUCGCUUAGCUCUCGUGUUUGUGAUAAUUUAAAUAAAAAAUUAUUUUAAAAAUAAUUAAAAAACUAAAAUCUCGCUUACUCGCAACUUUAACUCAAAACAAAAACAAACAAAAAAAAACUUUGUCUACUUUUAACUUUUAUCAUUUUUAUUUUUGUUGUUGUAAAAGACGCGAACAGAAUGACUCGAUACGGUAAUGAUGCGUCCGAUAAUAUAAUUUAUCUUUCUAUAUUUUUGUAAACGUUUUUAGUCUAGUUUCUGUUUCAUUUUAAUUUCUUUAUAUUAAUUUAGAGUUAGAUGAAGAAGAUGAAUAAAAAAAAAAUACUUUAUCACAAUGAAAGACUUUGUUGCGUUGUUGUCAUUAUUUUCGAAUGAAAUUUAUUUAUUUAUAAAAAUUUAUAUUUUUGUUGAAUUUACAUAAUGUUUAAGUAAAAUAAAAAAUAAAAAAAAUUGUUACCAAAAAAAUUAAAAUAAAAUAUUUUAGUUAAUACGCUGACCGAAUUGCAUCAACAGUUCAUUAAAAAUCAUUUAUAACAACUGUACUAUAAAAUUUAUUGUGUUAGCUUUUCGUUACGAUUGCAUAAAUUUUAAAUUUUUUGAAUUAAAAAAUUCCCACAAACAGUCACACCACAGUCUAGAGAGUCUACACAAUCCGACCAACUUAAAAUAUAAUCCGUUUUGAUUUUAUGGAGGUAGAGCAAAGAAUUCAAAACUUAAGUUUUAAUUAUUUAGCUUUUUUUCAUUUUCUUCUGAGCUUUUAUAACACUUUCUAUGUGCAAGUGUCUUCAGUUGAAAAUAUUGUUCUGAAGACUUGCUCGAUUGCAGUCCUUGUACUGAGCUCGAGCUCCAAACGACACAUGCACUUCGUUAAAAUAAAAAAAUAUUUUUAAAUUAAAAAAAAUGGUCGAUCGAUGAAGUAACAUUUUCGAACCCGAACUCACUCAUUUUUUUGGAAAAAUAGAAAAUUACACUCGAAAAGCGUAGAAAAACAUCUUUUUUUAAGUUUCGAAAUGCAAAUUGAAAACUUUUCUUAGAAAACUACCUUUACCGCAAUGAUAUGACUAAGUAACGUAAUUCAUUAUCCAGCGAAAUUAAAGAGCUUUUAAAAGAUUUGAGCUUUAGAGAUUUAAUGGAUACAAGUUCAAAGCUUCCUUAAACUAUUUAAAGCUAAACGAAAAAGAGCUUUCUUAGUUUCGCAUUAUUUCUAUAGAUCUAUUGGUGUGUUAAUGGCUAUUUAUGACAUCGAGUGCAAAGUAAUUAGUAAUUUAGGGUACAGUCGUGUAAUUAUGACAGGAGAACGCAGGUCGUGUGUCAUAAUACACAUAGUGACCAUAAUAAAGUACUUUGCACCGAUAUAUACAAUAAUCUAUGAAACAGAGGCAUAGAUCACUAGUGCGUUUAAAGCACUAGGACCCAGGGCGGCAAAGUUACUUAAGUAUAAAGCUUGCUGGAAUGACAUUUCAAAACGGAUUAGAUCUUUAAAAAGAGGUCAAUUCAUCUAUUAAACUUAGUCAAAAAUAAAUCUGAACCAAAUUUUCAAUCUUCAUUUUGUUAUUCAAAAUUUCAUUGCCUAUUCGGCCAUCUCAUAAAAAUAUAUUCCUAAAGACCUUCCCCUUAGAACUAGUAUCUAUCAACUGAAACUCAUUUGAAAUUCAUCUUUAGAUAUUUGCAUAAACAUUUAGAGGAGAUUCAUUUUCAAGGAAAAAGAAAACUAUUUUAAUCAUCACAAUUUGACUGAAUUGUUUAUUGCAAUGAAAAAUUUGCCAGAAACGAUAAACUAUGUACCACAGAAAAACAGUUCGAUGGAAACAGAACUCUU